AUGCCUCGAAUGGCCAUGCCGCCCACCCCGGUCUCUUCGACCGAGAUGAAGAGCCAAGACGGUCUUCAUAAGCUGUCGGCCCUACAAAUGUCCUUUGAACUUCCACCAUCCGCUAUUGGCACCAAUGGCUCCUCGCGGCCGUCGAGUUCCGAGGCCAAGUCAGACGCAUCGGCCGUUUCGCCACUUACACCCUAUCCUGUACAAGCCAGUGAGACGGUGAAAUCAAGGAGGCGUUCAUCGGCUGCUCAGAAGGAGUCCUUUGCCUUGCCUCCACCUCCUACGCGAUCUCGCAAGAUUAUACAAAUGAAGCCACGGCCCCAGGAAGAGCCCGAAGAGGAGCCAGCUCCUGUCAAGACGCCCGCCAAGGACACAAAGGCCAAUGCCUCGGGUUCGAAAAAGAAGCAGCCAUCAGCAACCAGCGCUGCUGGUCGAAAGAUUGCAAGGAAGACAGCACACAGCCUCAUUGAGAGACGUCGGAGGUCAAAGAUGAAUGAAGAAUUCGCCGUUCUCAAGGGUUUGAUCCCCGCCUGCACGGGAGAAAUGCACAAGCUGGCCAUCCUUCAGGCCUCUAUCGAGUACGUACGCUAUCUUGAAGACUGCGUGAAGCAGCUCAAGGAACAACGAGACCCGCAUUCCUCGGCUCCCACACCAACUGAGUUUGUCCUUCCACCGUCCGCUGGGCAAGACAGCUACGAGGCGGAUGAACAGCAGGCAGAUGAUGGAUCAGGGGAUGUAGAGAUGGCAGGCUCCGAGGCGGCAUCUCCGACAUAUACCGACUAUACGUCUCGCUCGCAACGCCCCUCGGAAUCGCCAGCACUGCUGGCACAAGAUGCUCGUAACCGACAUGGGUCAUAUUCGUCUGUGUCUACAGACCACCGCCACUACAGCUACAGUGCCUCCUCGGCCAUUUCUCCAAACUUUGGGCCGCAGUCGUGGAGCUACGCUAGAACGGCACCGUCUACGUCCAACUCUACACUGACGAGUCCUGCACUGCAGCCACAGCGUGAUCUCGACCAGGAGGCCACGGCUGCGCUACUCAUGCUCAAUAAUGAUCGGAGGGGGAUGACCAAUCCAAGUCCUGCAAGAGGCAUGAGCGUCAAAGACCUUUUGAGCUCGUAG